CAGGUUAUGGCCGAACGCGUGUAGCGGCGGCUAUCUUCACAAUGUCACGCUGUUGGGCUGUUUUCCUCGUGUUUUCAGCUCUCUUUGAUCUCGCGGAUUAUUAGUGCACAUGGCUUGCUUUUUUAGAAGAAGUAUUGCGGCGCAGCUGUCAAGGAUUUUUGGACAGGAUGAAGCCUUUUUCCUUCCACUUGUCUGCGCCGUCCCCGUAUCCAAGAGACAACCAACCCCUGAUUUCCGUUUGACGGUCAGCUCCCUGGUGAAGAGCGGCGUGUUGCCACCUGAUGGGGACCUGCCGGCUCAGACAGCGUGUCUGGCCCGACAGCUGAAAGGGGACGGAGUGGUUGAGGAGGUUAUUCCCACCCGAGGAGUGAUAAACUUCAGGAUAAACAAACUGCUCCUUGCAGAGAAGCUGCUGACGUCUGUGCACGCGGAGCCCCAGGGCUUUGGCAUGCAGAGUGAGAUCCUCCAGCGACUGCGCAGAGGGAGAGUCCUGGUGGAGUACAGCUCACCAAAUAUCGCCAAGAAGUUCCAUGCUGGACAUCUGCGAUCUACCAUCAUUGGAAACUUCAUUGCCAACCUGAAGGAGGCCUUGGGUAAUGAUGUCAUCCGGGUAAAUUAUCUGGGUGACUGGGGGAUGCAGUUCGGCUUGCUGGGAGCUGGCUUUCAGAGGCUGGGCUCACAGGAGAAGCUGAGAGAGAAUGCACUUCAGCACCUGUUUGAGGUGUAUGUCCAGGUGAACCGGGAGGCUGAGCAGGAUGAGAGCGUCCGAUUGGCUGCAGCAGAGUUCUUCCGACGGCUGGAACAGCAUGACCAGCAGGCCCUGUUGCUAUGGCAACAGUUCAGAGAGAUUAGUGUUAAGGAGUACAGGCGUGUUUAUGAGCGUUUGGGGAUACACUUUAAUCAUUACUCUGGAGAAUCUUUCCAUCAGAGUAAAAUUCAGGAUGUUCUGACGAGCCUGCAGACACAAGGCCUGCUGAAGACAACAGAGAAAGGCACAGGUGUGGUGGAUCUGUCUGAAGCAGGUGACAUGUCAUCUUACUGUACUGUACUGCGCAGUGAUGGGACCUCACUCUAUAUCACCAGGGAUAUUGCUGCAGCUGUGGAUCGAAAAGAAAUGUUCAGCUUUGAUGAGAUGAUUUAUGUGACAGAUAAGAGUCAGUCUGGUCAUUUCUGGCAGCUGUUUCUGAUCCUGCGCAUGUUGGGACAUAGCUGGGCUGAGAGGUGUGUCCAUGUCCCCUUCGGGCUAGUGCAGGGUAUGAGCACACGCAGCGGGGACGUGGUAUUCCUGGAAGACGUGCUGGACGAAGCUCGCAACAGGAUGCUACAGAACAUGCACCAGACCAGGACCUCUAAGGAGCUGUCUGACCCUGCCCUCACAGCAGAGCAGAUAGGUAUCAGUGCUCUGAUUGUACAGGACUUUAAGGGACCACUCAUCUCUGAUUAUAAGUUUAACUGGGACCAGGUGCUCCAGGCUCAGGGGGACACUGGAGUCUUCCUGCAGUACACUCAUGCCCGCCUCUGCAGCUUGUUGAGGACGCAGGCCAGCGUGAGUCACACACACUUCGACCCCUGUCAUCUUCAGGACAUCAGAAGCCUUUCAACACUGCAGCACCUGUUGAGGUAUGACGAGGUGCUCCUUCAGUCUGCACUCGAGCUGCAGCCACGAUACCUGGUCAACUUCCUCAUCACUCUGUGCCACUUGGUGUCUUCAGCCCACAGGGAUCUGUCCGUGAAGGGAAGCGCACUGAGUGUGGCUCAGGCCAGGCUCCACCUUUUCUCCUGCACAUGCUCAGUGUUGGCCAGUGGGAUGAGGCUUCUGGGCAUCACGCCAGUGCAGAAAAUGUGAAAUUGUCCACAGAAUAAAUCAACAUGGAGGUCACGUGAGGUUAUACAUGUUCAAGCACAGCCCCUGUACACAAGAUAUGAGUAAACCAGUCAAUAAAUCAGUACUUAAUAAUA